UCCUCCGUCUACUGAUCUCGCUGCAGUCACUGACCAACCAGGCUGUGUGCGAUGGCCCUGAGAUCCCCCAGGGGACACACACGGGUCAUGUAUGUGCACCUACAGGUGUAUGUAGAUGUAUAUAUAUGUAUGUUUCCCAGUUUCUGUGUGGUUUAGGUUCGUUGACUCCUCGCCAGGGGUCGGACGGUCGUCAAUGUUUGUAAACACCAGUAUGGUGGACGAGGAGGGAGGCGUGCCGGCCGAGCCUGCCAGGAGAAAGGCUGCUGCCACUGCCACCCUCAAUAUUAGCAAGAAAAGUGGCACUCGCAUGAAGAGAGUAUCAUCUAUAUUGAGAAAAAAAUGUGAUAAGCUUACAUUGGAUGACAGACGAUUAUUAGAAGAAAAUUCAGAGCUGGUGGAGGAGUUUUAUAAAAGACGUGAGCGUCGGGCAGUGUGGCAGUCACGAAAGACAGAGCAAGAAGACACGAAAGAAGUUUUGCAAAUCAAGUGUGAGCAGUUAGCUCAGGCAAUUCACGAUGCAGAAUUCCUUGUGGUGUAUACAGGAGCAGGCAUAUCUACAGCUGCUUCCAUCCCUGAUUACCGAGGUCCCAAUGGUAUAUGGACACUGCUUCAGAAAGGUCUUGAUGUUGGGCACCAUGACCUGUCUGCUGCAGAGCCCACACUCACACACAUGGCUUUGUCUGCGUUGUACCAGCAAGGUAUUGUGCGACAUGUAGUCUCCCAAAACUGUGAUGGGUUGCACCUGCGCUCUGGUCUGCCGAAGACAGCCAUGUCAGAAGUACAUGGCAACAUGUACAUAGAGGUGUGCAAGCACUGUGUUCCAGCACGGGAGUAUGUAAGAACGUUUGAUGUGACAGAGAGAACCUCCAUCUACAAACACACUACUGGACGACGUUGUUACAGAUGUGGUGAACCCUUAAUAGACACUAUUGUUCAUUUUGGUGAGAGAGGGAAACUUCGAUGGCCACUGAACUGGCAGGGAGCAUGCCAGGCUGCUAAUGCUUGUGAUACCAUCCUCUGUUUGGGCUCCAGUCUAAAGGUCUUGAAGAAAUAUACGUGGUUGUGGCAGAUGGACAGGCCAAUGAAGAAACGACCCCAGCUAUACAUUGUCAACUUGCAGUGGACACCAAAAGAUAAGGAUGCUACGCUCAAAAUUAAUGGUAAAUGUGAUGAGGUGAUGGCAUUGGUAAUGAAGGCUCUGGGUUACCCCUUACCUUUCUAUUCCCGCUCCUCUGAUCCGAUUUUCAACCUUUCAACUCCUCUUCACACUGCAGAAGCUGCUACCUCUUCCCGUCCAAGUCUGAUUCCUCCUUCAGAAGAUGAUGAGGCAUUGGACAUGGGGGACAACAAUGAGACAAUUGUUGCAGGAUAUGAUGUGAGAUGGGAUGGGAAGACACAAGGGAGUGAAAAGUGUAAUGAAGAGUUGGAAAAAGAAAAUCUAGAAAAAAAUGUCAAAGAUGAGAAACAUGACAUAAAAAUUGAAACUAAACCAGAUAUAAAACCAGUGAAUGGUGUUCAUGCAGCUUGGAAUGUAGCUUAUCAUGCUCAUUCAUUGGAAGUUACAAACAGUGAUAAUAAAGAAAAUGGUAAAUCCAUUUUAGCAGAAUCGGACAAUUUGAUAAAAGAUGAAAAUAAAUUAUUUGAUGUCAAGGAAGAAAUGGAUUUCAAGGAUGAUAAAACGUGGAAUAACGGAGAGAGCUUUCCUGGUCACUACAAAGAGCUAUACAAAGCCCUAACAGUCAAGAGUAAAACUACUGAAACUAGUGAGACAUUGGGAGGCCCCACUUCUGUUAUAUGGAUGGAAGUGAAGAGUGAACCUUCAGACAGUGAUGAGGACUUUCAAACUUCUGACGCUGAAGGGGAGCCAUGGCUGAGUGACAAACUGGAAGAGAAUACAUUGGACGAAGAGAGUUCUUGUAUAGAUUCAGACUCCAGCGAGCAAGAAGAAUCUGAAGUGAACAAUUCUGAUAAUCAUUCUCUGGUUGCAAUUUGGGGGGGGGGGGGGGGGGGGGGGGGGGGGGGGGGGGGGGGGGGGGGAGGUUGUCCGGGUUAUGACUAUUUCAAGUUAGCUUAUGCAUCUACCAAUGUUCAAAUGGCCAAGCAAGGCCAGGCCUUAUUGAAACAGAAUGACUUUUAUGGUACUGGCCUGUGUAUAAGAUCAUUUGUUGAUGGUUCUAAAAGUGAUAAGAGUAUUAAGCUAAUUUCAAAUAGUGAGAGAAGAUUGAAUACCAGUGUGACUGCAGGAGAUAGCCCUCUUCAAAAAACAGCUGGUAAUGUGGAGACCACAAACCAUAGGGUAACUGGUAGUGCAGCAAAAGGUAUGCUAACUGGUGGUGGAAAAAGUAUUAUGAGCAGUCAUGAACAAAGUGAUAAUCAUACUGUGUUGGUUGGAAGUGAUACCAUUUUCAGUAAAAUACCUGUGGGUGUAUCUAAAUCUUCUAGUCUUCCCAACCAGCGUCAGUCUCCUGCAUUGACUUUUUGUUCAAAUGAGUGUAAUGACAUUUUGUGUUCAAAUGAGUAUGAAAACAAAUUGACUUCAUGUGAUUGUAAGCACAAGUCUCUAGACUGUAAUAUGCAUGAGAGUGAUGUAACUACAGUAAAUGUUUCAUGUACCAGUUUGAGAACAUGUAAUCAACUAAAAAAGACAGAUGAUUCAGAGUUUUCAAUGGAAAUACCACAUUUUUCUUCUAUAUUGAAAGUGAAUGAUAUUAGUGAUUCAGAAACUACUCGCCAAUGUGAAGUUCAAAAAAUCGACAAUAUUUUAUCUUGUAGAGAUGAAUCCUUAGCUCGAAGCAGUAGCCGGUCAACAGAGGAGAGCUUUCUGUUGCGAACGCAUGUUGUUGAUGGCAUAAUCAGAACAGCUUGUGUUGAAACUCUUGCAGAUGAUAAGUUUGAAGAUGAGACUAUACCACUUCCUUCCCUAGGAAAUGUGCAAAAUGUUCCUCUUCCAACAAGCAGUGAUAUUACAAGGGUAACUGUUCCUUCUCAUAUUGAUGCUAAGAAUGUCUCAUUUCCCUUGUGCAUUAAUUCUUCUUUGUGUCAAGAAAACUUUGUUUCCAAAGCCCAGGUUAGUGCCAUCACUCAACAUUCAAAGUUAAAAAGUAUUGGUUCCAAGUUUUCAUCUCGCCUCAGUGUUACAGAAAAUGAAGAGUUGAAAUCUAUAUGGCAUCAAAGUUUUUGUAAUUCCAGUGAGAAAAGCUUGAGUACCUUAGCAGUCAUGGUGGGGAUGAAGGAAUGCAGACUUAUUAAAUGUGAAAAUAGGAUUCCUAAUAAUGUAAAUCCCAGAGGAGAUGAAGUGGUUCCGAGUCCAGAGAAAUCCAGCUCAGUUAUUCUUAAAAACAUAUGCACUGAAGCUCUCAAUGACAGUAAUGCCCGACAGAAAGGUUCAGCAAAACGGAAACCUAAAGGAUGUGACAAUGAGGAUGUGAAGUGCAUUUGGUUCUGGGGAUUUGACAGUAAUGCUGAAAAUAAAGAAAAGGAGUACAUUGAUGGUAAUUAUGUGAGUGAUGGCACAUCCCCAACUAUGAACAUGAUAACUGAGGUUGAUACCGAAACAACAGAUGAUACCGAUUGUGUCCCUGUUAGACGCGUGACUAGAAGUAGAACUCGAGCUUCCAGUGAUUCUCGAGCUCUCCCUGAAGUUGAUGUCUUCAAAUGCCACUGUAAUGGGAGUAACCCUGAGUUGUGUAAAACAGCAAGACUCCGACCUUCACGAGGUGCAUGUGAUGCCGAUGUUGAAAAAGCAAGGGAAAUUAUUAAGAGACGACGUACAUGUAACUACCGCAAAUACGAGCCAGUAUUUGAGAAAAAGCUUGAGAGUUUUACUUAUGAAAGGGUGAGGAUAAAAAGAAAGUCUAAAUUUGAGUCUGUACAUAAUAAUGAGGAAGAAUUAGAAGAAGAAGAAUAUUAUGAGCAAGAAAAUGAAAUAAAAGAGGAUGAACAAAAAAUCAGUGAUGGCGAGGAUUGUAGAGAAAAAGAUGAGAAAGGUGAAAGAAAAAUUACACCAGGCUGGUACGGAAAGGGGCUAAGGAAAGGCAUAAAAAAGAAAACACGAGUGUGACGUUAAAUGCACAGUUCUUUUAAUUUCUUAUGAACUUGCAGAUGUGAAAAACUGCCAUCAGUGUGGGAUUAGAAGCUGGUCAGUAGCAUGUACCUGAAGAUGACAUGUAAGGUGGGAUCAAAGAUUUUAUGUUGAUAUUGUAGCUUUUGGAAGGUUAUUAUUUUUUUGUUUAAUACUGACAGAAGAGGCUUUCUAUAGCUUCAGAGAAAGCAUGGGGAAGUCAAAUCUUCAUUUUUAUUGUACUUUAUUUUCAUGUACUAUAGCCUUUUAUAUAUUUUGGAUAAUACUCUCCAAACCCCCUUUUGGUACUUGGUUUAAUCUAAGCAAGUCAGUAGUUUGGUAAUUAUUAUUAUAUACAUUUUGAAUCUUUCAUAGCUUAUAGAUCCAGGUACAAUAGUACAUUUAUUUGUAAAGAAGAUGAGGCUCUUAUGACCCUUAUAACUUAUUGAAAUAGAUCUCUUUAUUAAAGUAAGGUUUAUGUCUUAAUGUACAGGUGGUUAAGUUAUUGGCUAGAAUUCUUCAGAGUGUGUGAUAAAUUUGUCAGCCCAUAUAAUUAUCUAGGGAUUAUUUAUAGUCAUUGUUUUCUUAUUUUUAUAUACUAUUUUUUAAAUAGCUAGGGUAGACUUGGCAUUCAAUUACUAAUAAAUUUGUUGACAAACUGGCCCUUUCAGCCUGUUUCUACUAUAGAAAUUUGCCAAAUGUCUUAUACAAACAUGGGCUUCUUUGAUUAUGUAUAAGAUAUACUGUGCUAACAUUUAUUAUGGGUGAUUGAUAUUAUAAUAGUUGGAAGAUAUUACACUUAAAAUGUGAUGUGUGAGAGAUGUAUUGUAGAUUUUUGUCCAGGAAGUGUGUGUGAAGUAUUUGCUUGUACAGAACUUCACACAACUAGAUAAUAAGCAGAUAACCCAAUUCCUCAAUUAAUCACUGCCUGUUUACUGUUAUGUGUUGCUUCGUCUCCAUGAGAGAGACGGCACUCAGGAACCCGUACCUCGUAAAUAUGUUUCAGGGAAUGCCACAGCACAGUGGGAGGACGUGGCUUCUUCAGAAUGGUUAAGGUGAAUAUAUGGCCUUUUGCUUGUUAAACACAUACUGUGCUUUUGGAAGCAUGCAUAUUUCAUGUCAUUAUAUUUACUGAGGAUUGAUAUCAGCAAUUCCAGGAUGAUAACAGAGCUGUCAUCAAAAUGUAGAAGGUUUGCCUUGCAAUAUUGCAGAUAAUAGAUUCCCUAUUUAAGGCAGCUGUAUUUUGUUGUCACUCAGUUGUGAACAAGUUGCGAUUUUUUUCUAAGAAGAAAAGCGAGUGACCCAGCAUAAAACUUAGUCUAGUACAUACUGUACUUACUGCUCCAUUGAGAAUUCCAGGUUGUUCGUAAAGAGGAAUGUACAUUAAUAAUUGUUAAUUGUAAAUUCUACAUUUGAGGAAAAAAAGUAAUUCUUAAAUAUUGUCUUAUACAGUAUAGCACUAAUUAAGUAAAUACUACACGGUAAUGUCUCUCUCCAUCAGAGCUCUCUUAAAAUAUUGUCAGAAUUCUUCCAAGUAUGACAGUUUGAUUUUGUAUUUAGAAUGGCCUCAGAUUUGGAUUUUCCGAAUUUUCAAUUUCUUUUAAUUUUGAAUUUUCUGUUUAAGAAGAAAUGUUUUGCAAAACAUUUAAUUUGAAAUGAUUAUUAAUACUUGAAUUAAGAUCAAAAACUCAAUUUUAAUUAGGAAAAAAUCUACUGAAUUUGAAUAUUUCCAAAUAUUGCAGAACAUUUUCAAAAAUUUGGAUUUUAGAAUCAUUUAUAAAUUUCAGAAUUUAUUAAAUGACCAAAAUUCCUGAACCUCAGUUUGAAAAAUUUUUAGUAUUAUAGAAUAAUUAAAAAAAAUUUUAACCAGAAAUAAGUCUUUAUUAUGACUGAAGAAAUUGCAAUAACAUGAUUGCAAACACAUUACAGGAUUGGUGGGACUCAUACCAUGGCAGACGAGCAGGCUGUGGCCAGUGGUUAGCACACUGGCCUGUGAGUUGUAGGACUUGCCUAUCAUAGGUUUGAACCCCACCCAUUCUCUAAUAAUUUUGUUAUUACAGUGGUUGCUUCUAUUAUUUGACCUAAAUAGGGAUGAGAGAAGUGAAUUAGAGAAAUUCUGAAUAAUUGUAGGGUUUCUUUCAUGAUUAAAUGAAAAAAUAUUGAAUCAGUGGAAUACACAUUGGUAUACGGUAUAUUUUUAUACCCAGAUCAUAAGAAAAUACAAUAUAAUACAGAAUGGCUUUAUAAAUACAAUAUGAAAAUACACUACGGGCAGUGUGUAGUGUAAAUACGUAUUAUGCAGAAAAUUCGGAGUGUGGAAAUUAGGAGAAGCUGUGGAGUUAAUAAAAGUAUUAGUCAGAGGGCUGAAGAGGGGUUGUUGAGGUGGUUUGGUCAUUUAGAGAGAAUGGAUCAAAGUAGAAUGACAUGGAGAGUGUAUAAAUCUGCAGGGGAAGGAAGGCGGGGUAAGGGUCAUCCUUGAAAAGGUUGGAGGGAGGGGGUAAAGGUUUUGUGGGUGAGGGGCUUGGACUUCCAGCAAGCGUGCAUGAGCGUGUUAGAUAGGAGUGAAUGGAGACGAAUGGUAUUUGGGACCUGACGAGCUGUUGGAGUGUGAGCAGGGUAAUAUUUAGUGAAGGGAUUCAGGGAAACUGGUUAUUUUUAUAUAGCCGGACUUGAGUCCUGGAAAUGGGAAGUACAAUGCCUGCACUUUAAAGGAGGGGUUUGGGAUAUUGGCAGUUUGGAGGGAUAUGUUGUGUAUCUGUAUACGUAUAUGCUUUUAAGCUGUUGUGUUCCGAGCACCUCUGCAAAAACAGUGGUUAUGUGCGAGUGAGGUGAAAGUGUUGAAUGAUGAUGAAAGUAUUUUCUUUUUGGGGAUUUUCUUUCUUUUUGGGUCACCCUGCCUCGGUGGGAGAUGGCCAACUUGUUAAAAAAAAAAUGUGUGAUAUUUAAUACAAAUUAAAAUUUCUUUAUCAAUUUAAAAGAAAAGUAGUAAAUCAGAUCACCACACAUGCCAGAUGGCCAUAUGUAUAAAAUACAGUAGCAGUGCAUUUCCUAAAAAAAAAAAUUCUCAGCUGAAAAGAAUUAAAAAAGGCACAAUACCACAACUGGAACAAUACACAGAUAACCUGCAAAUAGGAGGCUGAAAGUUUUGACGACUUUUCAGUCCGACUUGGACUAUUAUCUAGUCACCCAGAGAAGUGCGAAGGGAAGGGAGCCAGAAUAUAUACAAGGCAAGGAAAUGGAGGGGGAUAAUGGGAAGAGGGAGUAGUAUUGUUUAGUAGUAGUAGUGCAAGUGAUAGAGAUAGUAAUAGUAAAGUAAUAGUGGUAAUGAAAAAAGGGACAGAGACUGGAGGGUUAAUGAAGAAAUAGUAGUAUUAAUGGUGGAGGAGGGGGAACAAGAGAACAGCACUUUAAGAUAGCUAAUGACCCAUGGGAGUAGGGCAGAACUGCCAUACAACAGAACCUAUGGGGGUCUUGUCAUUGCAUUUGAUAAAAAAUAAAUGAAAUUUCAUCCUUUAAUGACUUGCAAUAAGAAAAAUCUGCAGUUCUUGACCAAUGUAGAACAAAUAUAAACCCAUCACACAUUUUUUUUUUUUCAACAAACUGGCCGUAUCCCACCAAGGCAGGGUGGCCCAAAAAGAAAAACAAAGUUUCUCUUUUUAAAUUUAGUAAUAUAUACAGGAGAAGGGGUUACUAGCCCCUUGCUCCCGGCAUUUUAGUUGCCUCUUACAACACGCAUGGCUUACGGAGGAAGAAUUUUGUUCCACUUCCCCAUGGAGAUAAGAGGAAAUAAACAAGAACAAGAACUAGAAAGAAAAUAGAAGAAAACCCAGAGGGGUGUGUAUAUAUAUGCUUGUACAUGUAUGUGUAGUGUGACCUAAGUGUAAGUAGAAGUAGCAAGACGUACCUGAAAUCUUGCAUGUUUAUGAAACAGAAAAAUGGACACCGGCAAUCCUACCAUCAUGUAAAACAAUUACAGGUUUCCAUUUUACAUUCACUUGGCAGGACGGUAGUACCUCCCUGGGUGGUUGCUGUCCACCAACCUACUAUCUAGAAAGAAAUUAAUACAUUUAAUAAAAAUCGAUGGAGGAAAAAAUUGAGAAAUGCUAUCUUUUACAACUAAAAAAAAAAGUUCUUGACUAGUUUGUACCAAAAAAUAGGGACCCACCACACGUGAAAAAAGUUUAUAGACAAAAAAUUAAUACUUUUGUUAGUUUAGUGUUUAUUUUUGUAAAUAUGACAAUUUAUUUGAUAAAAAAAAAAAGUUUUAACUUUACACUUAUUAUCUAUUAACACUACCUUUCCCUUUCUGCCUGUUAACUUAAUUAUGAUUCCUGGACAUCAUACUUAAUAGAAGCAAAUGAAAUUGACUUCUAGGUAUAUUAUUGUUAAAUUUAAAUAUUAACCCUUUGAGGGUCGACAGGCCCUCUCAGAAACUCGUUCUCAGGGUUGGCCAAAUUUAAGAAAAAAAAAAUUUUUUUCUUAUGAAAAGAUAGAGAAUCUUUUCCCGGUCAUAAUGACACCAAAAUUAUGUGAUUUGAUGGAAAACUUAAGGAAUUAUGCUCUCGCAAAGUUAGCGGUCACUGCGAUGUUUACGCAUCGGCGAUUUUGCCCAAUUUGAGCCCCAUUUUCGGCCAAUUCCUCUGUACUAGUUGACAAAAAACAUGAAUAUUUCGCUAGAACUACUUUUUUUCUAUUGAAUGAGUGCAAGAAACCACCCAUUUACCAUUUUCAACUAUCCAAUACAGUGGUCAGAAUUUAGCAAUUUUGCCAAUUUCACACAAAUUUCAAAAAAUGCCAAUUUCCGAAUAGGUCCAAAAACAAACAAGAAAUACAUUACUGGCACUAAAAUGACAUUUCUUCUGUUCAUUAGUCACGUCUCAAGGCCCCUCUUACAUUCUUUUGCUUUCCACUUUGAAUUUUUAUUCUCACGAAAAAUAGAAGAUUUACUGUUAUGCAGACUACUGCAUUAGUGUAAAAAAUGAUAUAAAUCAUAUUGGCGCACUUGCAAAAGAAUGUCAGACUCACCAGUUGACGUGUAUUGGACGCUUGGCAUGAUUUGUUUACUUUUGAACUUUGGUAAAAAUCGAACAUUUCUCCUACUUUGAGCUCAAUUUCAAGGUACUUUUCAUUGUAAAACCAGUGAAAAUCAUCUCAAUUUCUGUGAUAUGCAUUUCAUUCUAUAAAAUGAGGCCAAGAAAACUAGAAUACAACAAUAAAUACCAUACGAAAAUACAGAGCAAAGUCGCUGUUUUAUGCCAAAAAAACGGUGAAAGUUUUUUUUUUCUCAUUAUGCACUGUGUGCUGCAGGAUUUUUUUUAUACUGUGCACACUGACCACAUAGACCCAUUCUUUCAUAUGGAGGCCUACCAGCCUUUUCCCACGAGAUUUGACGGCGCUAGAAUUUAUGCGUACUAGUACGUCAAAAACCCCUGCGCGUAAGACGUACUAGUACAUCCGAAACCCUCAAAGGGUUAAUAUUAAAUUUAAUAUUAAAAUACCUGUUGUGUAUAGAACGUGAUCGCUUGUGGCAUAACAAAACAAGUGUAUUUUUAAUGAUAAAAUAUUAUAUUGUAUUCUGUAUAUUGUACUUUUUACAUGAUCGCUUGCUGAAAAAAAAUAUCCAAAAUUGUCUCAUCCAUUUGAUGGGUAGAUAAUUAUAGAGGCAUAUAUGGUAGUAGGUAGUAGGUUGGUAGACAGCAACCACCCAGGGAGGUACUACCGUCCUGCCAAGUGAGUGUAAAACGAAAGCCUGUAAUUGUUUUACAUGAUGGUAGGAUUGCUGGUGUCUUUUGUCUGUCUCAUAAAUAUGCAAGAUUACAGGUACGUCUUGCUACUUCUACUUACACUUAGGUCACACUACACAUACAUGUACACGUUUAUUUAUACACACUCAUCUGAGUUUUCUUUGAU